UGACAAUUGUUUGUGUUGUGUUAUUUGAAAAAGUAGUUGCAUGUGAAUUUUGACGCUAUUGUAAAAUUUUUGUAUAAAACAACAAAAAAAUAUUGUAAACAAAUAAAUGGAAGUUGAAUUAAACACAAGUAAUCUACGUAAUUUGUGUCGUAUAUGUUUGGGUGAAGGUGAUUAUAAUUUAUGGGAACACAAAGUCAACUGGAACUGCUACAAUGAAGACGAUCCAAACACGGAGGGUGAGGCAGUUGCUGAAGGCAUUACGCUACACGAAGUAUUGCAAAUGUUUAAUGAUUGGCAGCAUUCCAUACUUGAAAAUGAUGGGGAAAUGCAAUUGAUUUGUAAAGAAUGUUUAAGCGAGCUUCAGCCCCAUUAUCGUUACUACAAACGCCUGUGCACAGUGAAUAAACAAAUAAAACAGCUCUAUGAAGAAGCACUACAGCAAGAGGCAAAUGAAACAGCAUUAUUACAGACAAAUAAAACUAUAAUAGAGCAAGUAGAAUAUGAUAACAACUUGCAAGAGUGUGUAGAUUACAUUGAACUUUCACAUCCAGCAGGUCAGUUUGAGGUGGUCGAACAAUAUGCUGAUGAUAUCGAAAAGUCUUCUGUGCCUGCAAUUUCCAAUAAGCAAGCACAAAAACGUAAAUUUGCUAAAACUCCAAAAUUUAUACUAACAGGUGGUGUGACACAAUUACUGACACAUGCCACUGGUGCCACUGCUUUAGAUCUGCCAGCAGACUCUACUCAGGUGUUAUACACUCAAAUGCUGUGUAGUCCGAAUAAGCGAAAAAGAAAUGAAGAAGUAAUGGAAAUGCCUGUGAUGGUUGAAGAAGUGGAUAAUAGCCACAAUAAUUUGCUAAGCGAAUACAACACACUUGUCAUAAACAAAAGAAGAGUGACAAUUGAAUAUAUGAAUAGCUGUCAACCAGACGAUCAAGCUGCUCUGGUCACUACAGUGGCUGAAGUUCCGUUGGAUUUGCCGCCAAAUGAAUUAUUAAAAACGGAUUGUGCAACAAAUGAACAAUUGCAAGAACAUAUAACAACCAGCGACAAAGAGGAGAAACAAUCAGAAAUUCAAACGGAAGAUGUUAAUGAUGAACUGGCUGCUUUGCCUUUUUCAACACUCAGUGCAGAUGAUGCCGGCCGCUCAAUAUAUGUAUGCAAAUAUUGUCCUCAAGCUUUUACUGCGCCUUGUUUUCUUCUAACACAUGCACGUAAGUCGCAUGUUUGCAAGUAUUGUAGCAAAGCAUUUAUUAAAACCCCAGAUUUGUUUGCACAUGUAAAAGAAUCUCACACGAAUUACAAAUGUAGUAUUUGCGGUAAAGAGCUCAGUUCUAAUGGUAAUUUGCGUGCGCAUGUUAAACGAAUGCAUGGAUUAACAACAUCUGGUAGCCUCCCACAUACAAUUAAUAGUCAUGAAAUAACGGAUAUAAAUACGGAAGAGUAUGGAGAUGGUCCUGGGCAAGGAAUUUUUUUGGAGGACAGAUCCCAUCAAAUCUUGGCUGAAUACCUUGACUAAAGAAAUUUAUUUUGAUUUGUUGUUAAAAAAAAAUAAAAUUAAACAAUAAAAUCAUUGGCAAUAAAGUAA